GCACUCCUCUUCUAGCUCUGCUCAUUCCAACCGUCUCUGUAGUGCAUGCUGUGAGUGUGAGCCGACAUUUCAAGGACAGGACAAGUUUUCUAUUAAUUCCAUUGCUUCUUCCUCGGAGAGACUGUAUUGAAAGUGCAAGAAAUUCAGACAGUUAUCACUGGUUGGUUGAGAUCGACUUGAGACCAUGGGAGGCACGCUGGAGUACUUGUCUGAGCUGCUGGGGGGUGGCAGCAGCCGGCGCCGGUACAAGAAGAGGAAGCAGUUCCAGACGGUGGAGCUCAAGGUGCGCAUGGACUGCGACGGCUGCGAGAUGAAAGUCAGAAACGCCCUCUCCAGCAUGAAAGGGGUGCAGUCGGUGGAGAUCAACCGGAAGCAGUACAAGGUGACGGUGCAGGGGUUCGUGGAGCCGCACAAGGUGGUGAAGCGGGUGCAGGCCACGGGGAAGAAGGCCGAGAUCUGGCCCUACGUGCCCUACAGCUUCGUCGCGCACCCCUACGCCGCCCCCGCCUACGACAAGAAGGCGCCGCCGGGGUACGUGCGCAGGGUGGACGCCGUCAUGCCGGUGUCCAGCCACGGCGCCGCGCCGCAGGAGGAGCGGCUCGUCACCAUGUUCAGCGACGACAACCCCAACGCCUGCUCCAUAAUGUGAUUAGCUAGCUCGAUCGUGCGUGCGUGCGUGCAGCUUGUGACAGAAAGUUGAGGAAAAUGUGAAGCCAUAGAUGAUCAUACUCGAUCGGUUGGAUGUUCUUGGUGGUGACACAUGUAUGCAAUUAUAUAUGUUUGUAUAAAUUGAUACAAGUUUGAAAAGGGAGCGU